CUUCACAAAGCGCGCCACCCGCCGUCCAGAUGGCAACAAAAUGCUCCAGCUUAGCCGCCUUGAGCUGUGCGCCGCGCGGACCGCCGCGGCCCCUCACCUGACUGCUGGGACGGGGACGCAUACGACUGCAGUUCUUUCGCUGGCGUGUUCUGCAGCCCGGCUGCCGCAGAGCCGCGACUGUGCCGCCGGCUGGGUCCCCGAACCCCCCGCCUGCUGUGCUGGCGCUGGGCACGGCAUGGCUGCAGGGCGGGCCGGAGCCGGAGGUGCGGCCGGGUUGCUGACAGUGAAUGUCAACGGCCUGGGCUCGCCGUCUAAGGCGCGGGCGCUGGUCUCGCACCUGCAGCAAGUUGGGGCGGAUGUGGCGAUGGUGCAGGAGACCCACGCUACUGACACGACCGCGCUGGAGUCUUGCCUCCGUGCCGCGCAGGGGGCGUGCCUUCCGUGGCGCCACUGCCUCGCUGCCAGCCCGGCAGCGUCGCCCCACUCCUGUGGGGCGGCUAUCCUGGCGCGGAGUCGGCUGUCCCUUCCAGGCUGCGUACUGCAGCCGCCGUCAACGGAUGCGGCGGGCCGUGUGGUAUGUUGGGAUUGGGACGUGGGUCACCUGCGCCUGCGCUUCGUGUGUGUGUAUGCGCCCACGGCCGUGGCGGACAAGCCUGCUUUCUUUGCCGGGCUGCAUCCCCACCUGGCCACGGACAGGGUGCUUGUUGUCGGUGGGGACUGGAACUGUGUCACCGAUGCCAGUCAGGAGGCGGCCCCUAGCCCGUCACGUGCUGCAGGUGCCCCGCAACUUGCCAGCCUCCUCGCCCAGUUCAGUCUGGUGGACCCUUGGGCGAGCAAGCGUGGCGGCGCCAAGGGCUACACGCAUCCGGCCACACCCAAGCCGGCCACUCCCGCACGCCUGGAUCGGUGGUAUGUCAGUGCCACCGCGGCGCCGUGGGUGGUGGAUGUCGCUCGCACGUAUGGGGCACCUGGGGACCACAACGGUGUGCUGCUCACCCUGGCCUUGCCCGACCUGCCACAUGCGCACCGGGAGCAGUGGCGCUUCCCCACGUACCUGCUGUUUCACCCCUCGCUGCGUUUGGAGCUCGAGCAGCGCUUGGAGGCGCACGUUGCCGCAAAUCCCGUGGCCAGUACAGGUGACGGCGCUUGCACGCAAUGGGAGGCGGACAAGUUCUUCUUGCGGGAGGCCGCCACCAGCAUCCACCGUCGGCAUGCACGCCAGACCCGGGAUGGGCUGCAUGGCGUGGUGCUGGCCGCAGACGCGGCCGCUGCCCUGGCCGACCGGCCGGGUGCCAGCACCGCGCAGCGUCAGGCUGCGGCCAUGGCCAACUUGGCGGUGCGGGAGGAGCGGGCAGCUGCCGCAGCGGCCAGCCACAAUGCCCGCGCUGCACUGAUGGAGGAGCAUGGGGAGCGGGGCACUCGCUGGUUCCAUCGGCAGGCUGACGAGCCAGCAGCCGGCGCGCAGGAGCCCAUCACGCACUUGAAGGUGCCGGGGCAACCGGCGCCUGUGGCGCUGACGGGGCCGGGCACGCGCAACACUGUCUCCGCCGCCGCCGCAGCCAUGUACAGCAGCACCAGCCCCACCGGCCUGUUCCGCGUGCAGCCGGUCUGUACGGCGUCGCAGCAACAGCUUCUGGCGGCCAUUGACCGCAAGGUUCCAGCGGAUCUGCACGCCGCCGCAGAGGGGUCCGGUGACGGCGCCCUCAGUGAUGCCGAGCUGAUGGCAGCGCUGGCUGGCUCCGCCAAUGGUAAAGCGCCUGGGUCGGACGGGGUCCCGUACGAGGUGUACAAGGUUUUCUGGGCACUGCUGGGCCCGCGCUUGUGUGCUGCUGCUGCCGCUGCCUUUGCUGCCGCUGCAGACGCCCACGAUGGCGGCGAAAUGGCGGCGGCGCUGCCCGCCUCCUGGCGGGAGGGCAUCAUCACGCUCAUCUACAAGGGCAAAAGCCUGGACCGCGCCGAGCUGGCGUCCUACCGGCCCAUCACGCUGCUCAACUGCGACUUCAAGAUGGUGUCCAAGGCCGUCAGCGCCCGCCUGCAGCCCGCCCUGGAUGCAGUUGUGGAUGAGCUGCAGACCGCGUUCAUCACCGGCCGCUGGAUUGGAGACAACGCGCUGUACCUCCAAGGCCUGAUCGAAUGGAUGCGCCUGGACGUGGGCGCGGACGGCACGCCACGGCAGGGUGGUGCGCUGUACUUCUUGGACAUCGAAAAGGCGUAUGACUGGGUGCACCGGCAGUGGCUGUAUGCGUCCGCGGAGGGUCUGGGGUUUGGGCCGCGCAUGCUGCGCUGGAUCCGCCUGAUCACUGCCAACGGCUCUGCCCGCGUGUGUGUGAACGGGAUGCUUUCUGACGCCUUCCCAGUGCUGAACGGCUUGCCGCAGGGCAGCACCGCCUCACCACCCCUGUGGGUCAUCCAGAUGCAGCCACUGACGUCCUUUCUGCGGCGGCAGGUGGAGCAAGGGGCACUGCGCACGCCCCUGUUACCCAGCGGCGAGCAGGCGCCGCCUGCUGCCCACCACGCUGACGACACGACCCUCACGGCGCGCGACCCGGCAGUGGACGGGCCGGUCCUGAUGGCGGCAGUACAGCUGUUCUGCCGCGCGUCCAACGCCCGUGUCCAUCCGGACAAGAGCAAGGCCAUGGGCCUUGGCAGGUUUGCGCACCUGACGGGCCCUUGCCCACACACGGGGGUGCCGUUUACCACUGGCGCCGUGACGCACCUGGGUGUGCCCCUGUCGUGGGACUCGGAUGCGGCUGCAGCUGACUUGUACACCCGGCGGGCUCGCGGCAUGGCGUUUGUGGCGCGUCUGUGGGCUGCCCUGUCUCUGACUCUCGUUGGCCGUGUGCACAUUGCAAAGCAGGUGCUGGCGGCGAAGCUGGCCUACCACUUCAGCUUCCUCAACCCGUCGCCUGCGCAGCUGAAGGAACUCACCGACCUGGUGGACCACUUUGCUGCGCGCUCCAUGCACGCUGAGGACGCCAGCCUGGUGUCGCACGGGAACCCGCUCCUGCUGCCAAAGCGGGAAACGGCCUGUCUGCCGUACAAGGAUGGGGGUGUCAACCACGUCGACCUGCCUGCGUUCCUGUCUGCCCUGCAAGCUAAGACUUUCGCCCUCCUUGCCCAGCCAGGCCGGCAACCCUGGAAGAUGCUCACCCGGGCGCUGCUUACUCAUGUGCGCCCGGACUCCGCCACCACGUGGGCGUGGGUGUACAGCGACGCGCCGGCGCCAGCGGGGCUGCCUGCCCGGCUGGCGGCCGCGGUCGGCCACGUGCGGAGCGCGGGCGUGGAGCAGCAUCCGCCGCAGCCAGCCACUCAGCCGCCAGCGGCACCGCCACAGUGGCGGGUUAGCCUGGACCAGCUGUGGGUGGCUAACGCUGCGGGGGCUGUGUCCUACGUCCACUACACGGGGCGGCUCUUGGAGCCUGGGCCUGGCGUGCUGCCCCCGGCGGUGGAUGGGGCGUGGCAGCCUGCCUGUGUGCUGCAGCAUCGCAAGCCGCGGCACCUGUGGACCUUUGAAGAGCGGGCGGCGUACGAUGCAGCAUCACCAGGGGACCGGGCGGGGGCGUGGCCUCGGGCGCCGUACUUCCUGGCGCCGGAGGCUGGGGUGGUGGUGCACCCGGAGCACUGCCGGAUUGCGGGUGUCAGCUUGGCGGACUACACGGUGCGGGACGUGCGGCGGGCCAUCACCGCGGCUAACCUGGCCGCACCUCCGGCUCCGGCCCGCCCCGCAGCCAUGCCGUGCCCGGCGCCAGCACAGCAGGCGGGGGGUUCGGGGACCCAGCCGGCGGCACAGUCGCGGCUGGCGGAGCGGGAGGCGGAGUGGCAGCGUGCAGCGGCGCAGCUGACAACCACGGCGGCGCAGCACUUCAACAAUAACCCGGUGGCUCUGGACCCCUGGCUCCACCGCACCUCUGCGGCAGCCGGGCUGCAGAACACGCCGGCGAGAACACUGCAGUCGUAUGCGUCCCCGUUCCAGCACUCGGGUGAGGGGCCGCGGCGUUCCGCGCGGCUGCAGGAGCAGGCGGCGGGCGGGGCGGGACCUAGCACGGGGCCUGCCACGGCGGCGGCGGCAGCAGCGGCGGCGGUGGAGGGCGACCCUCGCAUGCCGCCCCCGGAUGCGUCCCUUCUGCGGGAUGGCAACAAAGUGCUCCAGCUUAGCCGCCUUGAGCUGUGCGCCGCGCGGAACGCCGUGGCCCCUCACCCGACUGCUGGGACGGGGACGCAUACGACUGCAGUUCUCGCGCCGGCGUGUUCUGCUGCCCGGCUGCCGCGGAGGGCGGGCAAGGGCAUUCGGCCACGGGUGACCACGGGGUGCGGGGGGUUGGGGGCGCACUGUCCUCACCCCGCCUGCGGGCCACCUGGCCCGCGGGCGUGGGCCAGCCUGACGCACAUCUUCCUGGAGUGUCCAGCUUAUGCGCAGGCGAGGACGUGGCUGCAGCAGCUGUGGGCCUGCGUUGCGCCCCAGGCAGCGGCGCCGCCAGUGACGGACGCGGGCUUCAUGCUGGGGGACCGCAUGGGUAUGUGGACCUCAGGCCCGCGGGGGGCGGGCGCACUGCUGUGGAGCACUUUGCGGGCCACCUUCUUGUACGCCGUCUGGUGUGCGUACUGGUCCCGUGAGCCUGCUAAGCAGACGUCGGAGCAUGUGGUUCGGGAGGUGGUCAGCGAGCUGCGCAGGGUGAUGCAGCUGCGUUUCACUGCUGCCACGCUAACCCCUGAGACCCUGUCGGCUCUGCCCACUCAGCUUCUCACCGCACAGCUCAAGGCGGCUAAGCUGGAGCACUUUGUUGCCAUCUGGUCGGCGGGUGGCGCGCUUUGUGAAGUGGAGGAGGUUCAGGGUGGGUCACCGAAGUUGCACUUGCGGCUGACGCUUGCAUCACCUGUGCAGGCCCCCUAGGUUUCCUUUUGGACGGCGUUUCUUUCCAGGCGCUGGCGUGGCGUAUUAUCGUCAUCAGCUUGUCUGGCGCCCCAUGUGUCAUAGCUCUGGCUGGAGUGGCAGCGCCUGGGCGGCUGUGGGACUUCCUGCACAGCGCGUCUUGCAGCAGACUGGAGCCCGUUUAGUCAGCGCCACAUCUGGCCCGUUUAGUUUUCUGCUUGUGUCUCCUCUGCCGGUUCUCCUGGGGUGUUGCUUAAGCAACCGACUUGUGGGGGUGGGGUGGGUUUGGGCGGCGCGAGUGCGUAGCGCUAGUGUUUUCUUUGCUGGCGCGCGGUGGUGGUGGUUCUUGCGGUUAGGCUGUGGUGUAGGUUGGUGCUUGGGUUAGGUCUGGCGGUGUUUUUUGUGCAACCCCUCCCGGGGGGCGGGGGGGCCAGCCUCCUGCUCUGUCUGCCGGGUCGGGGUGGGGUGGGGUGGGAUGGAUGGGGGUGGUUGGUGGCGGUUUCGAGGUGUUUGCUUUCUUUUUUCUUCUCUUUUCUUCUCUUCUUGCCCUGUCAGGGUUCUGGUCUCGGGGACCAGGCUGCUUUCAGGCAGCAGGGGGGCAGCGCGUCUGCCCCUGUUCAACCUUGUAAGGAUGAUUCCUAAAAAAAAAAAGGCGGGCUGAGGCGGACUAGCCAACCGACAGCACCUUGAAGGGGCGGGCGGGCAAUGCCGGGCAAUGCCGAGCCAGAUCAGACAGGCAACACGCCAAUAAGUAACAGCUGCCAAGACACAUACACAUGGAGGAGGAGCCCAGUACAUACAGUCGACGCGGGAAGAGCGGCAGCGGCAGGAACAGAUUGAAGCCGAGUAAGAAGCGCCAGACCUGGGGGGGGGGGGCGCCGGAAUACCCUGGCAGAUAGUAGCGGUGGGGAAGGAGCGAGGGUAGAGGGGCAAGAAGCCACGCGAGGGGACCGUCGGUAAGAUAGUCCACCUGAGCGAUACGUGCCAGGGCAAGCAGAAGCACGGCACGCGGGUUGGGACGUCACCGGCAAUUGCGCAAAACCGGACACGCACGUGAGUGAGCUAUGCAGUCAGGGGCCAGCCGGAGAGAUGGAAGACACUAGCGGCCUAUCUAUAUCAUCAGCAAAGGGGGCGGGUUGCAGUUACCAAUAGUCAGUGCGCAUGUAUAGGAGCGAGGAGGAGAGCGGGGAUACACCAAAAACCGCGGCCAGUACACAAGCAUCAAGCAAGCAACGGGAACACACCGACGGGAACACACCAGCCGGACGCAGCUGGGGAGCGGCACAAGUUUAAAAGCAUAUGGCGGCCCAACCAAGUAGGACGCACGCAACCGCUGGCGGAGGAGCAAGGGUUGCGGUCACCAGCCCAAGCUAAGCCAAACCAAACCAAGCGGAUGGGGAAGAGCGAGGAGGAGAGCGGGGGCCGGGGGGUGGGUGCUGUAGCAACGGCCACCGGGGCACGCCGUGCUAAGAGGUGAGGCAGGCAGGCAGGCAGGCAGGCAGGCAGGCAGGCAGGCAGGCAGGCAGGCAGGCAGGCAGGCAGGCAGGCAGGCAGGCAGGCAGGCAGGCAGGCAGGCAGGCAGGCAGGCAGGCAGGCAGGCAGGCAGGCAGGCAGGCAGGCAGGCAGGCAGGCAGGCAGGCAGGCAGGCAGGCAGGCAGGCAGGCAGGCAGGCAGGCAGGCAGGCAGGCAGGCAGGCAGGCAGGCAGGCAGGCAGGCAGGCAGGCAGGCAGGCAGGCAGGCAGGCAGGCAGGCAGGCAGGCAGGCAGGCAGGCAGGCAGGCAGGCAGGCAGGCAGGCAGGCAGGCAGGCAGGCAGGCAGGCAGGCAAGCAGGCAGGCAGGCAGGCAGGCAGGCAGGCAAGCAGGCAGGCAGGCAGGCAGGCAGGCAGCCAGGCAGGCAGGCAGGCAGCCAGGCAGGCAGGCAGGCAGGCGGGCGCCUGGGAAAGCGGGGCUUGCCACACCCUAGGCAGCCCGCGGCCUGAACACUAGGACGC